UUCACAUGGUAGAACGGAAUAGAACAGUCGUGUAUUAAAAGGGCAUGAUCCACACUUGGUUUCUGUAAUUCCAAUAGUGACCUCUCUCUGCAUAUUUUACUUGGCCGCCACUCAUAUAUGGCGGUUCCCAAUCUAAUAUCAGUCUCUAUUUCGUCUUGUCAUUAAACACACACAUACACACACACACAGUUAUAUUCAUAUAGCAGUCGUGUUUAAGGAGUUUGCCCUAGUUCCGAGUCGCAGGUGGAAAGGAGUCUCGUAGAUAUCGUCGCUGCUAAGAAUCUACAGACGGGUUUUUGAAGUUCGAUUCGAGAUUUCACAAUGGCGCAUCUGGGUGGUGGUGCGGAAGCGCACGCCCGAUUCAAGCAGUAUGAGUAUCGAGCCAACUCAAGUCUUGUACUGACCACCGACUCUCGCCCCCGUGACACACACGAGCCCACCGGCGAGCCCGAGUCCCUCUACGGGAAGAUAGACCCCAAGACCUUCGGUGACCGUGCUUACAGGGGGAGACCUCCAGAGUUGGAUGAGAAACUUAAGAAAUCAAAGAAGAAGAAGGAGCGUGAACCGCUUGCUUCCGAGCCUACGCCUAGUAGACAGAGCAAGAGAAGACGAAUUCUGGAAGAAAGUGUUUUGACUUCUACUGAUGAAGGAGUUUACCAGCCGAAGACGAAGGAAACAAGGGCGGCUUACGAGGCCAUGCUUAGUGUCAUUCAACAGCAGUUGGGUGGGCAGCCACUGAAUAUAGUUAGUGGUGCAGCUGAUGAGAUAUUGGCUGUCCUCAAGAACGACACGGUCAAGAACCCUGACAAGAAAAAAGAUAUUGAGAAACUUUUGAACCCUAUACCAAACCAUAUAUUUGAUCAGCUGGUUUCCAUUGGGAGGCUUAUCACUGAUUUCCAAGAUGGAGGUGAUGCAGCUGGGUCUGCUGCAGCCAAUGGCGAUGAUGCUCUCGAUGAUGACAUGGGUGUUGCGGUGGAGUUUGAAGAGAACGAGGAGGAGGAAGAAGAGAGUGAUCUUGAUAUGGUGCAGGAGGACGAAGAGGAUGACGAUGAUGUGUUGGAAGCAGAUGCCCCAGCGGGGAUGCAGAUGGGCGGUGGGAUUGACGAGGAUGACAUGCAGGAAGCUAAUGAGGGCAUGGCCCUAAAUGUUCAAGACAUUGAUGCUUAUUGGCUUCAAAGGAAGAUUUCUCAAGCAUAUGAGCAGCAGAUUGAUCCACAGCAGAGCCAGAAGCUUGCAGAAGAGGUACUUAAAAUUCUCGCUGAAGGUGAUGACCGUGAAGUUGAAAAUAAGCUUUUGUAUCAUCUCCAGUUUGAUAAGUUCAGUCUCAUAAAGUAUCUGUGUCGGAACCGCCUUAAGAUAGUGUGGUGUACCCGUUUAGCAAGGUCUGAAGACCAAGAGCAGAGGAAAGAGAUUGAAGAAAAUAUGAUGAAGUUGGGGCCGGAUUUGGCUGCAAUUCUGGAGCAGUUGCAUGCAACAAGGGCAACUGCAAAAGAGAGGCAAAAGAAUUUGGAGAAAAGUAUAAGAGAAGAGGCUCGUCGAUUGAAGGAUGAGAGUGUUGGAGAUGGUGAUCGUGAGCGGAGGGGGCUUGUGGAUAGAGAUGCUGACAAUGGUUGGUUGAAAGGGCAGCGUCAAUUGCUUGAUCUUGAUGAGCUUUCAUUUCAUCAAGGUGGUCUUUUUAUGGCAAAGAAGAAGUGUGAGCUUCCAUUGGGGUCUUAUAGGAACCAUAAGAAGGGAUAUGAAGAAGUUCAUGUGCCGGCAUUGAAAGCUAAACCACUUGCUCCUGGGGAAGAGCUUGUAAAGAUAUCUUCCAUGCCAGAUUGGGCCCAACCUGCUUUCAAAGGGAUGACCCAGUUGAACAGGGUCCAGAGUAGAGUUUAUGAGACUGCUCUUUUUGCGGCAGAUAAUAUUCUACUGUGUGCUCCAACUGGGGCAGGGAAAACCAAUGUUGCAAUGCUCACCAUACUCCAGCAGAUUGCAUUGAAUAGGAAUGAAGAUGGGUCAUUCAACCACAGCAAUUACAAGAUUGUCUAUGUGGCACCAAUGAAAGCACUUGUUGCCGAAGUGGUUGGUAAUCUGUCAAAUCGUCUGCAGCAUUAUGAUGUCAAGGUGAAGGAACUGAGUGGAGACCAGUCACUGACUCGCCAACAAAUUGAAGAGACUCAGAUUAUUGUUACAACUCCAGAGAAGUGGGAUAUCAUAACUAGAAAAUCAGGAGAUCGCACCUAUACACAGCUUGUGAAACUUCUUAUAAUUGAUGAGAUUCAUCUUCUGCAUGAUAACAGAGGUCCUGUUUUAGAAAGUAUUGUUGCAAGAACUGUUAGGCAAAUUGAAACCACAAAGGAGCAUAUUAGGUUGGUUGGUUUAUCAGCUACGCUCCCUAAUUAUGAAGAUGUGGCAUUGUUUUUGCGGGUUGAUUUCGACAAAGGACUCUUUCAUUUUGACAAUGGUUAUAGACCUUGUCCUCUGGCCCAGCAGUAUGUUGGAAUCACUGUAAAGAAGCCACUGCAGAGAUUCCAGUUGAUGAAUGAUGUUUGUUAUGAGAAGGUGAUUGCUGUAGCAGGAAAGCAUCAGGUUCUUAUUUUCGUCCACUCAAGGAAAGAAACAGCGAAAACGGCCCGUGCGAUUAGGGAUACCGCACUUGCUAAUGACACUCUUGGUAAAUUUUUGAAAGAGGAUAGUGCAAGUCGUGAAAUUUUACAUAGCCAUACAGAACUGGUCAAGAGCAAUGACCUUAAAGACCUGUUGCCAUAUGGUUUUGCAAUUCAUCAUGCGGGCAUGGCUAGGGCUGACCGUCAACUUGUUGAGGAUCUCUUUGCUGAUGGACAUGUGCAAGUGUUGGUUUCCACAGCAACUCUUGCUUGGGGUGUUAAUUUGCCUGCUCAUACUGUGAUUAUUAAGGGGACCCAGAUUUACGAUCCUGAGAAAGGAGCAUGGACUGAACUGAGUCCUUUGGAUGUUAUGCAGAUGCUUGGCCGUGCAGGAAGGCCUCAAUAUGAUUCUUAUGGGGAGGGGAUAAUUAUAACUGGACAUAGUGAAUUGCAAUAUUAUCUGUCAUUAAUGAAUCAACAGCUUCCUAUUGAAAGUCAGUUCAUCUCCAAAUUGGCUGAUCAGUUGAAUGCAGAAAUAGUUCUUGGAACAGUCCAAAAUGCCAGAGAAGCAUGCCAUUGGCUCAGUUACACUUACUUGUACGUUCGGAUGAUACGAAAUCCUGUUCUUUAUGGUUUAGAACCUGAUGCUCUGACAAGAGAUAGAUUAUUAGAGGAGAGAAGGGCUGACCUGAUCCAUUCUGCAGCAAUAGUCUUGGACAAAAACAACCUGGUAAAGUAUGAUAGGAAAAGUGGAUAUUUCCAGGUCACUGACUUGGGUCGUAUUGCUAGCUUCUAUUAUAUUACUCAUGGGACAAUAUCCACAUAUAAUGAGCAUUUGAAGCCAACAAUGGGUGAUAUUGAGCUUUGCCGGUUGUUUUCCCUCAGUGAAGAAUUUAAAUAUGUAACAGUGAGACAAGAUGAGAAGAUGGAAUUGGCUAAGCUUUUAGAUCGGGUUCCCAUUCCCAUCAAGGAAAGCCUGGAAGAGCCUAGCGCCAAGAUUAAUGUUUUGCUGCAAGCAUAUAUUUCACAGCUAAAGCUUGAAGGACUUUCUCUGACAUCUGACAUGGUGUUCAUAACACAGAGUGCCGGACGUCUCAUGCGAGCUCUUUUUGAGAUUGUUGUGAAAAGAGGAUGGGCGCAAUUAGCUGAGAAGGCUUUAAAUUUGUGCAAAAUGGUUAACAAGAGGAUGUGGAGUGUCCAGACGCCGCUUCGCCAGUUCAAUGGAAUUCCAAAUGAAAUUUUGAUGAAGUUGGAGAAGAAAGAUUUGGCUUGGGAAAGGUAUUAUGAUCUCUCCUCACAGGAGCUAGGAGAGCUUAUUCGUUUCCCCAAGAUGGGAAGAACCCUUCACAAGUUCAUUCACCAGUUCCCAAAACUUAACCUGGCAGCACAUGUGCAGCCAAUUACUCGCACUGUUUUGAGGGUUGAACUUACAAUUACUCCAGACUUCCAGUGGGAGGACAAAGUCCAUGGAUUUGUAGAGCCAUUUUGGAUUGUUGUGGAGGAUAACGAUGGGGAAUAUAUCCUCCAUCAUGAAUAUUUCAUGCUAAAGAAACAGUAUGUUGAUGAGGACCACGCCUUGAGUUUCACAGUGGCAAUCUAUGAACCACUGCCUCCACAGUACUUCAUUCGUGUCGUAUCAGAUAAAUGGCUUGGAUCACAGUCUGUUUUGCCUGUUUCUUUUAGGCAUCUUAUUUUACCGGAAAAGUAUCCUCCCCCUACUGAGUUAUUGGACUUGCAGCCAUUGCCAGUGACUGCAUUAAGGAAUCCAUCGUAUGAAGCUCUUUAUCAUGAAUUUAAGCACUUCAAUCCCGUCCAGACUCAGGUUUUCACUGUCUUGUAUAACACAGAUGACAAUGUGUUAGUUGCAGCACCAACUGGGAGUGGGAAGACCAUAUGUGCAGAAUUUGCUAUAUUGAGGAAUCAUCAGAAAGGUCCUGAGAGUAUCAUGCGUGCUGUGUAUAUUGCUCCUAUUGAAGCUCUUGCUACGGAACGGUAUAAUGAUUGGAAGAGAAAGUUUGGAGAGGGUCUAGGAAUGAGAGUAGUUGAAUUAACUGGGGAAACGGCAACAGAUUUGAAACUGCUUGAGAAAGGUCAAGUAAUAAUCAGCACUCCUGAGAAGUGGGAUGCUUUAUCCCGGCGUUGGAAGCAGCGGAAGCACAUUCAGCAGGUCAGUCUUUUCAUCAUUGAUGAACUCCAUUUGAUUGGGGGUCAAGGUGGUCCCAUCUUGGAGGUGAUAGUGUCGAGGAUGAGGUAUAUUGCAACUCAAGGCGACAACAAGAUCCGUAUCGUGGCUCUAUCAACUUCCCUUGCAAAUGCUAAGGAUUUAGGGGAAUGGAUUGGAGCUACCUCUCAUGGCCUUUUUAAUUUUCCUCCUGGUGUCCGUCCCGUGCCUCUGGAAAUACACAUUCAGGGCAUUGAUAUUGCCAACUUUGAUGCGAGGAUGCAAGCAAUGACGAAACCAACAUAUACUGCAAUUGUCCAACAUGCUAAGACUGGGAAACCUGCCCUUGUGUUUGUUCCUACCAGGAAGCAUGCCCGACUAACUGCUGUGGAUUUGAUGACGUACUCAAGUGUGGACAGUGACAAGAAGCCCAUUUUCUUAUUACGGUCUGCAGAACUGCUGGAGCCUUUUGUUGUCAGGAUUAAGGAACCAAUGUUGAGAGAGACACUGCAAUACGGCGUUGGCUAUUUGCAUGAGAGUUUGACUACUACGGAUCAAGAUAUUGUAAAAACGCUGUUUGAAACUGGAUGGAUCCAAGUUUGUGUAAUGAGCAGUUCAAUGUGCUGGGGAGUGCCUUUGUCAGCACAUUUGGUGGUGGUUAUGGGAACACAGUAUUAUGAUGGACGAGAAAAUGCUCACACUGAUUACCCAGUCACUGAUCUGUUGCAAAUGAUGGGUCAUGCCAGUCGACCUCUAGUGGAUAACUCUGGCAAAUGUGUCAUCCUUUGCCAUGCACCACGAAAAGAAUACUAUAAGAAGUUCUUGUAUGAAGCACUGCCAGUCGAAAGCCAUUUGCAUCACUUCCUUCAUGAUAAUUUGAAUGCAGAGAUUGUUGUUGGAGUCAUUCAGAACAAACAGGAUGCUGUGGACUAUCUCACAUGGACAUUCAUGUAUAGAAGGCUAACUCAAAAUCCAAACUACUACAAUCUUCAAGGUGUUAGCCACCGGCAUCUUAGCGAUCACCUUUCGGAGCUUGUAGAGAACACACUGAGUGAUCUGGAAGCUAGCAAAUGUGUUACCAUUGAGGAGGAUAUUGAGCUCUCCUCUUUGAACCUUGGCAUGAUAGCAUCUUACUAUUAUAUCAGUUACACAACAAUAGAACGAUUUAGUUCUUCUUUGACCUCCAAAACAAAGAUGAAGGGUCUUCUUGAGAUUUUGGCUUCGGCUUCAGAGUAUGCAGAGAUUCCAAUGCGUCCAGGAGAGGAAGAAUUGAUACGCAAGUUAAUUCAUCAUCAAAGGUUCUCCUUUGAGAAUCCCAAAUACACAGACCCACAUGUGAAGGCUAAUGCCUUGCUACAAGCCCACUUCUCAAGGCAAUCAGUCGGUGGGAAUCUAGCCUCUGAUCAGCGAGAGGUGCUCCUUUCUGCCACUAGACUGCUUCAAGCAUUGGUUGAUGUUAUUUCCAGCAAUGGGUGGCUAAGCCUAGCACUUCUUGCAAUGGAAGUGAGCCAGAUGGUGACCCAGGGCAUCUGGGAGCGCGAUUCCAUGCUUCUGCAACUUCCACACUUCACAAAAGAUCUGGCUAAGAAAUGCCAAGAGAACCCGGGAAAGAAAAUAGAGACUGUGUUUGAUUUGGUAGAGAUGGAGGAUGAUGAAAGACGGGAGCUCUUACAGAUGUCUGAUGCACAGUUAAUUGACAUUGCUCGGUUUUGCAACCGAUUCCCGAAUAUUGAUUUGGAAUACGAGGUGUUGGAUAAUGAGAAUGUGAUGGCUGGGGAAGAUGUCACUUUGCAGGUAUCUCUUGAACGGGAUCUUGAGCGUGGGACAGAGGUUGGACCUGUUGAUGCCCCUAGGUACCCCAAAGCCAAAGAAGAGGGAUGGUGGCUUGUUAUCGGUGAUACUGAAAGCAACCAGUUGCUUGCCAUCAAAAGGGUUUCACUGCAAAGGAGGACAAGGGUCAAGCUUGACUUUGCUGCUCCUGCAGAAGUUGGAAAGAAGGAGUAUAUUCUCUAUUUCAUGUGUGAUUCAUAUAUGGGUUGCGACCAGGAAUACAAGUUUACUGUUGAAGCCAGGGAGCCAGGGGCUCCCGAUUAUGACAGCGAACAGGAAUGAAUGACUUGAUCUAGCAACCCUACCUGUCCCGCACAGCUUUUUCUACCAUGGCAUCGGUCCCUUAAUAAGUUUUGUUGCGUAUACACUGAAUUGCUGAACUGAUGACUCUCUGUAAACUCCAUGCUGAACUAUUUUGUGGUGACACACUUCUUUCAAAUGGUCUGGCCGUUUAGAUUGUGUAGCUAUUUUAAUGUCUUAGUUUGGACCAUUUUAUUAUAUUCCUGUUUACAUACAAGUUCACCAAACUAUGAUGAUGCUAAUUUUAGCUUAAGAAAUGUAGAACUUGGUUUAAUCACUCAUGUUGCUGCUACUUUUUGUUAUAUAUCCCCAUCCAUGGUUGUUUAGGUUUUGGGUGGUCAAUGCUUGUUCUGUUUUUGAUGGA